CAAGAAGAGAGGAGAAGGAGACGAACGAGAGAAAGCCUGUGAGCUUGCCCGCCCGCGCACACAACCGCGACGUUUCCCGACCCGUCACUCCACCACCACCAACUCGCCCUGCACACACAGUCCUUCCUGCACACGCGCCGCCCGGCGGCUGCCCGUCACGCACUCAUAUAACGACUCCAUACGGUCCAGCAAGCCACUCGCCAGGCAGUCGGGAAGCGCGACCGCACCAGCUCCUGUACUACCUGCAGACGCCCAUCGGCCAGAACACUCGCGUAGCCAGGCUAGUCCAAGAUUCUCUCAGUCCGGUCCUCCAUCCGGAUCUCGCCGAGGCGUGCAAGAUUACUGCUUCGCCGAGGAUUAAUUAGCCGCCGGCCGAGCUUCUCCUGAGAGUCGGCAGCUUUUCUCGGUCCCGAUUUGCCCUCUGCUGCUCGUGGUGCGCCGCUCUCCUAGGGCCCUGCAGGCGAAGGGAAGGAUCCGAAUCAACAUGGCCGCAGCCACUGCCGCCGCCGCUUCUACCAUGUCCCUGCUCCCGAUCUCCCAGCUCAGGCAGCAGCAGCACGGCGCGGGCGCCGUGGUCGUGUUCCGGCGGCGGGCCCGGGACGCGCGGCGGAGGCGAUACGUCGUGCCGACGGCGAGGCUGUUCGGGCCGGCGAUCUUCGAGGCGUCCAAGCUGAAGGUGCUGUUCCUGGGCGUGGACGAGGAGAGCAACAACAAGCACGGGCACCCGACGACGCCGUCGCCGACUUCCCCGCCGCUGCCGCUACUGCCGCGGACGUACACGCUGACGCACAGCGACGUGACGGCCAGCCUGACGCUGGCCGUGUCCCACACCAUCAACCGCGCGCAGCUGCAAGGGUGGUACAACCGCCUGCAGCGGGACGAGGUGGUGGCGGAGUGGAAGAAGGUGCGCGGGCGGAUGUCGCUGCACGUGCACUGCCACAUCUCCGGCGGCCACUUCCUGCUCGACCUCAUCGCCGGCCUCCGCUACUACAUCUUCCGCAAGGAGCUCCCCGUGGUGCUCAAGGCUUUCGUGCACGGCGACGGCGACCUGUUCAGCCGGCACCCGGAGCUGGAGGAUGCCCCGGUGUGGGUCUACUUCCACUCCAACCUGACCCGCUUCAACCGCGUCGAGUGCUGGGGUCCGCUGCGCGACGCCGCCGCGCCGCCGGCCGAGGACGACUCCACCGCGCCGGCCGCCGCCUCCAACAAGGAUGGGCAGAUGCCGCCCGUGGGCGAGUGGCCGUACCGGUGUCCCCAGCAGUGCGACUGCUGCUUCCCGCCGCACAGCCUCAUCCCCUGGCCGAACGAGCGCGACAUGGCGGCCGCCGCCGCCGAUGCCUCCUCCGCCGCCGGCCAGGCCCAACAGCAGUAGUGAAACUGCACGUACGGAGGGGGAUCGAGGGACCUUCGCUGCAAUUGUGUAAUGUAAGCCGUAGCUAGACUACUAGACUAGCGUGUUGUUUGCAUUUGGUUGGGUAGUAGCUGCAAGCGCGCGCCGUGCAGGUGUGCAGGGGGCGCCAACACUUGCAUGCCCCGCGCUAUUCUUUAAUUGGUAGCUUAGCUGAGCUCAGUUCAUUUCCAAGUUGUGUUCAUCUUUGGAAGUACAGUAGCUUGGUUGAGGUCGGUGGGAUGAACAUGGUGGUCUUGUAAAUAGCUAGCUAGAACACUUUGAUCUGGAUGGCAAACCUGCAAAGAAUCUGCACGUACAUAGUACACAUGUUGCUGCAAAGUGGCAAGUUUAAGUGUCGGCAGGCAAAGUAUCAUCCGGUGUACUACUUAAAUUAGAACUAUACUAUUUCUUGAACUGUAAUUCCCCUGGAUUUGUGUAGUAAAUGGAAUGUAAAUGACUAAUUAUUUAUUCGACCGUACGAUCUUGAU